AUAACUCGCGAUUGACUUCGAUGUCGCAAAAUGGCUGAAAAAGUCAUAUUUCGCAGAAGAUAAAAAUUAUCGUUUAAAUGUACAUUAAUUGUUUCCAUAUUUUCAUUUAGUUAAAAAUAAAUUAAUAAAAGUUGAAUAGAAAUGGUUGUAUAAAACUAGAACGACUUACUCAAAGUCCCGGAUGUCAGUCGGCAAUGUAAACAAUCGUCUGCCGAUAGAUAUUGUUUACAUUGAUUAUGGUACGCAAAGUGAAAGGUUUUAAGAGUAAAAAGCAGACGGAGCGGUUACGGAAGGUUCUACAGGGUCUAGUAGAUCGGAGAAGUGAAAGGUGUACAACAGAUGGCAAGGUUCCUUCCGUUAUGAAGGACCAUUCUUAUGCAUCCGCGAAUGAUGGCAACCCCCCCAUACACGUCGCGCAGCAGUUGUUUUCAACUACUACAGAAACUUCCUGGUCUAUGGACAGACGGAUAGUGGAACUUGGUGUACUUGCAGAGGGUCUGUCCGGUUGUAAAAAGUGUGGACUACCUCUACAGUUGACGCAUGCAUCUGGCAUUGUGACAUAUGGAUUGUCAGCUAUUAUCAAGAUACCAUGUUAUAAUACCAGAUGUCUUCACAUAAACAAUGUUGCAACUGGGAAAAGACAUAACAAGAUAUGGGAUGCCAACACCAAAUUAGCUACAGCUAUGGUACAUACUGGAAUUGGAGGAAGACAAGUCAACACAUUCCUCACAGCUCUCAAUAUACCACCUGUGAGUAAUACAUUACUCAGUGCAAGGCAGAAGGAAUCAGGGGGUGCUAUAGAGACUGUUGCAGAGAGCACCAUGGCUGUAUGUCUAUCUGAAGAACUAGAUAUUACAAAGAAUAAAUCUGAUACUGAUGAAUUGAGUGUGAGUGUGGAUGGAGCCUGGCAGAAAAGGGGAAGUGGCAGGUCAUAUGACAGUCUAUCAGGACACUGUUCCAUGAUUGGUGCAGAAACUGGAAAGGUUAUAGGUUACAGUGUUCGCAGCAAAUUUUGCAAAACCUGUGAUGAAGCUAACAGAAAGGGAACUAAAGCAAAAAUGCAUGACUGUCGACUUAAUUGGGAUGGUAGCUCUAAAGCUAUGGAGCAGGAUAUGGUAGUGGAAAUGGUCCAGAAUAUAAAAAACAGUGGUAUCACUGUUGGCACUAUUAUUGCUGAUGACGACACCACAACCAUUGCAAGACUGAGAAAAAAAGUAAACCCCAAUAUAAAGAAAAUGUCUGAUCGAAAUCACGUCAAAAAAAAUAUUGCCAACUCACUGUACAGUCUCGGACAGAAACAUAAAAAAUUGAAUCAGAAAAUAAUCAAAUACUUCUUAAAUUGUUUAAAUUAUAUGCUGUGCCAAAACCAGAAUGACCCUGAUGGUGUUGAGAAUGGUCUGGAAGCUGUGGGUAGACAUCCAUUUGGUGACCACACUUUUUGUGAUAAAACAUGGUGUUCACACGUUGAAGAUCCAUCAAAGAAAUAUGCAUCUCUGCCGUUUGGAAAGCCAUUAAAAGACAUUCCUCUCCAAACGGCAUUGAUGGACCUUAUGAAAGGAUACAAAACACGAAGUAGCAAGCUGUCUAAUCUAGGAAGCACACAGGGGAAUGAAAGUUUCAACAAAAGUGUGGCAUCCAAAGCACCAAAGGCACAUUUUUACAGUGGUUCCUCCAGUCUAAAUAUAAGAGUAGCGGCAUCUGUUGCACAGAAAAAUGAAGGGCAAUCCUAUUUACUCAAGGUCAACAAAAAAAUAGGUUUAUCUCCAGGUGUCCAUACAAAGCGGUUGGCAAUUUUAAGAGAUAUCCAAGCAAGAAAAAGGAAGGCAAUUAGUGUCACACGGAAAGAAAAAAUCAGACGGAUCCAGCUGAGAAACAGAAGAAUAAAGAAAAAUACUGUAAAAGAAUUGUGCGAGGGCCUAAGUUACAGUAGCGCAAUUGAUCUGCAGGACCACCAGGACAUUACAGAGAUUCCCUCUGCACCAUCUCCACCUACAGAACACUGCCAUAUUCAGGAGACAGCAAAACUUGUUUGCUUUGACUUUGAAACUACAAGUUUAGCACGUGACUCACACAUCACUCAAAUAGCUGCUGUCAGUGGGGACAAUCAUUGGAGCUGUUACGUAACUCCAAAGAUUCCAAUAACAAAUCAAGCUAGUGAUAUUACUGGCAUUACAGUUAGGAAUGGCAGAGUGUUUCAUCAAGGGAAACCUGUUGACUCUCUUUCUAUUUCUAAGGCCAUGGAAGAUUUUUUCAAGUUCAUCAAAGGAGAAGGUGAUAAUAUAUACCUUGGAGGUCAUAACAUUAAAACAUUUGAUUGUCAUGUUCUGAUCAAUACUUUAAAAUGUAUUGGAAAAUCCAACAUUCUAUAUACACAUGUUCAAGGAUUUUUGGACACCAGACUUCUCUUCAAAAUUAAUAACCCAGACCUCAAAUCUUUCUCACAAAUAAAUUUACUCAAAACUCUACUGAACUGUGAUUAUGCUGCACACGAUGCACUACAGGAUGUGACUUUCCUUCAAAAACUUAUGGAAUCCUCCAAAAUUGACUUUACUGAUGCCAAAUUUUCCUCUGCAACUUUUACUGUUCCAGCAGCAUUCCAUUCCUUUGACCAAUCAGCUUCAUGCAAGUUAAAUCUACCUACACUACUGGAAUUUGUUGACAAUAAGGUGUUAAGCAUUGGAAUGGCACGGAAAAUUGCAGCUUCGAACCUUAAUAAGGCUUCACUUCUUAUAGCAUUUUCAAGAGGUCAGGAGAAUGGAUUACAACAACUUUUUUCUGAGGAAUGUGGCAAAGGACCAAGAGUAACAAAAUCUUCUAAAAUAAUUAAUGCUGUUUCCAAGUAUAUUUCAGAACACUUAAUUGAAAGUUAAUUUACUAUAACUACAUAUGUAUUUACAAUCAACUUAUUCAUUCACUGUAACAGACUGAUAUUAUAAAUAUUUUGUGUUUGUCAAUCUUUGUAAAAUACUUUUAUCUAUUGUGACCCGAGAACCUUUUUUGAAAAUUCUGAAUUUCCAUAAGAAGUAUCCACUACCACUAAAAUUGUCUUGACCCAAUGUAAAAUAAAUUCUAUAAAAGCAUAAUAUGUGAGUUAAUUUUACAACAAAGCAUUUAGAAAAUAGUGAAUGUGUUUUCAUGAGCUAAUUGGAACCACACAUCUAUUUAUAUUUGCCCUAUAAAAAUAUCUGUACAUCAUAAAAUGAAAGGUUACUGUGCUUAUAAUGUUUAGAUUUUAAGUAAGAAUAAUGUAUUGAUAUGUUCAUUAUAUUUCUAUAAAAAAAAUCUGUUCAUCUGUCUGUAAGUGCAAUAAUAACCAACAUCAGAGAGUGUUCCAUAAUUUAAUUCAACUUUAUAGGUCAAAGGUCAAAAACUAACUAAAUUUAUUUACAGUUCAGAAACCUGUCAUAUGGUGAAGAUCUUGAAUGCUCUAUAACUGAAAACCCUUAUGCGGUCUGUUCAGUGUUUAUACUUGACAUGUAUAGAAAUCAACAGCGGAUGUUCCAUAAUUCUUAUAUAACCUUGUAGGUCAAAGGUCAAUGUUUUGGUUUGUUUUCUUGAAAAAUCUUUGAUUUUAGAUAUAAAAAAAAAUAUUUAAAAUAGAAUGAGUGUUGCAUUUUAUUGUUGUUUUAUAUCUUUCUUUAACGGUCAACUUUAUUGCAUUUUAUUGUUGUUUAAGGCUUUCUGUAAACAUGAACAAGGUAUUAAUAUUUUGAAAAAAUAUUUCUGUCUAUUUGGGAUUAUUUCCCUUGAAUUUAAAACUUUGGCUAUUUUUGGGCUUGACACCUAAAUAAAUGUAACAGAUGGACAAAUAUCUUUAAUGGGGAGUUUCAGAGUAAAAAUAUCUAUCUUAUCUAAUUUUUAUAGACUAAUCUAAUAACACAUAAUUAGUCGAUGUGCUGUAUAUGCACCGCAUGAGAUGAAGAAAAGUUUUCAUGAGAUUUUUGGGGCAGGGUGGGGAUAGUAAAUAACAUGAAUUUUCAAAAUGCACACUAACCCAUAUCUAAUUGUUAAAAAUGUUAAUUGUAAUUAUGCUUUCUACUGCAUGUUUAUUGUGAAAAAAAGGUUGAACAGAGGAAGGGUGCUAUUUUUUGUAUAA